GGUCCAAAUUAGAACAUAGAAGAAGCCUGAAACAGUACCCCCAAAUGGCGAACGCCAACAAAUGCAGAAAGCAGAUGGAUGACAAUCACCAUCCGUCUCAGACUCAGUCUCUGCUUCCAGGACUCCCCGACCACAUCGCCGAGCUCUGCCUUUCCCUUAUCCACCCCUCUUCUCUCUACUCCGUCUGCCGCUCAUGGCGUCGCCUUAUCUACUCUCCUUCCUUCCCCCCUUUCCUCUCUUUAUACGUUCUUUUAUCUUCUUCUUCUUCUUCUUCUUCUUCUUCAACGUCCUCCCAGUCCCACCUCCACUUCUGUACCUUCGAUCCCAUCUCAUCCACUUGGCAUCCCCUCCCUCCGCCACCGCCUGAUCCACCGCUCCGUGUCCUCCUCCAUCACCCAUCUUUCAUAUCCCGCAGCCUUCCCAUUCAAUCGGUUUCCGUCUCCGGCAACCUCGUCCUCCUCGCCGCCACCGCCCACAACUUCACCCCCGCACUCUCUCGCCCUCUAAUUUUUAACCCGCUCUACAAAACCUGGGCCUUCGGCCCGCCACUCGCCAGGCCGCGCCGCUGGUGCGCAGCCGGCGCGGCGCGCGGCGAGGUGUACGUGGCAAGCGGGAUGGGAUCCCAGUUCUCCAUCGCUACGGCUCGGUCGGUGGAGAAGUGGAAGUUGGGAAACCAGCGCAACUGGGAAAGGAAGAGCGGGCUUAAAGAUGGGCGGUUUAGCAGAGAAGCGAUUGACGCGGUGGGGUGGAGAGGGAAGCUUUGUAUGGUGAAUGUAAAAGGCGAUGCUGCGAAAGAAGGGCUGGUUUACGAUGUGGAGAAGGACGCGUGGGAGGAGAUGCCGGAAGGCAUGAUAGGCGGGUGGAGAGGGCCGGUAGCGGCCAUGGAUGAGGAAGUUAUGUACGCGCUGCACGAGCGCAGGGGCGCUCUGAGAAAGUACGACCCGGAGAGGGAUGCGUGGGAGGAGAUCAUGGAGUCGGAAAGGCUGAGAGGCGCGCUGCAGAUGGCUGCCGGUGGUGGCAGAGUGUGUGUUAUUUGCGGUGUUGGUAAUCAGAUUGUGGUGGUGGAUGUGGUGGCGCCGCUAGGAAGAUUGUGGGUCGUAGAUUUGCCGACGGGAUUUGAAGCGGUGGCAGUUCAUAUCUUGCCCAGGAUGAGCCGGCUGGAGUUUGGAUUUCCAUCCGUGGAAUGAUUUUUCUUUUUUAUUAUUAUUAUUAUUUUUUUGUUUUUAUUUUUCUUUCUUGUGAAAUUGUAUGAACGAGGUGCAUUUGACGUUUUAUGUGCAUUUGACUUUUUAUUAA